AUGUUUGAACAGGAGCGCAACAAUAUUUACGACAAUUGGGGUGCUUCAUCUUCGUUUAGUGCGAGGAGCAACGGAGUGGGCAAAUCAACAAACUUUUCAAAACCAGGAUCUGGAAAUUUCUUUCCAUAUCAAGAUCAGCAACCAGGAUUGGGAAAUGAGAAAUUGCCACUGAAGAAGUCAUUUAACCUUUUUGGAAACUCAUCGGAUCUGAAGAAACAGAGCCCAUGGAGUCAUACUACACAGGGAUCGUCUGCAGAGUUGGAAUCAUCAUUUAUUCCAAGUGGUGAUGAUAAUCAAAAAAAGUUACAUAUUGCAGACUCCCAUUUCACGUCACAGUUGUUUGAAAAUGGCAACAAUUAUGGUAAGGCAAAUUCACACAAUACGGAUAAGCUAUUUGGUAAUAACCCACCAUCAACCAAUCUCACGAUUCAUCGAGAUAAUGGAGUUGCAACUUUUUCCAUCAAUGAAAACAAUAGUUCACCCCAAAACUCAGUCUCCGUAACAUUUGGUAAUUAUACUUCACUUCAGCCCAAAUCGAGACUUGGUAAGCUAUUUAGUUACUUCAAAAGGGACAACAAACCAAAGGAAAAGUUGCUGAAUAUCCACAAAACUCCUCAUGUUACCCCCAAAACAUUUUCCAGUCCCUCGUACAAAGCUAUUGAUGCGAGAAGGAUUGGAAGUAUGAAAAGACUUGUACUCAAAUCGAAACCAAUAAAGUAUCAUUUGAUUGAUGUCAAUAGAGUAUUGAGUUCAAAGAGAGGUGUUGCUGUUGCUACAAAUGUAUCUGCUACGAAACUUUUAACUCAAGAUGUGGCUUUCGACGACGAUGUGGAAGACACAGAGGAGGAGGUGCAGUACAAGCCGUUUACCUCAAAUGUUCUGGCUAAGAAUUUCGAGGAGAAAGAAACCCCUAAUCCUGUCACUGAAAAACAGGAUGGGAAAGAAACCUCGGCUCAGCAGCAUAAUGGUUACUGGACGUACCCUUCCAUUGAAGACAUUGCUAAAAUGGACCCUACUAGUCUUGAAGGUGUGCGAAACUUCAUUAUUGGUAGAGUAGGGUAUGGUCAAAUUGCAUACGAUUAUCCUGUUGACUUGACGAGAUUAGUCGCCAAUGCUGAAAACAACGGGCACCUGAUAGCUGAAGAACUCUUUGACAACAUUGUCAUUUUAAAACAAUCGGCUGUUUUGGUUUACCAAGGGAUUGAUGAUAAACCUCCCUUGGGGACAGAAUUGAAUGUGCCCGCAACUAUUACCCUCGAAGGAGUCAAGCCAAAACCAAAUUUAUCUAUGGAAAAUCACAUUGAUUUUUUGAAGCGUCAAAUUGGUAUGGAAUUUGUUACAUAUGACCCAAUAACCUAUGCUUGGGUAUUUAAGGUGAAGCAUUUCAGUAUUUGGGGCUUAGUUGACGAGGAUGACGAGAAUCAAAAGGAUUUGGUCCUGUUGAAGAGGAAGCAGGAUUUAAAAGAAGCGGAUGCAUUGGUUGAAUACUCCAAACUCUAUUCAGAUGAUAGUCUUGAUCAAGAGGUGAAGAAACAGAAAUUGAAUGAGUACUCAAAAUUUGUUCCUGGAGGUUGGGGCUCGACUUUGCCACCCGAUGACAGCUUAUUAAAGCUUAAGCAGUCACUUGUGACGGACGAGAUUUCCGGGGUUUUGAACCUGUACAGAGAGCUUGAAGAUGAUACCAUGGCUGGUAGAGUUGGCGGUAUCACCAUUGAUUCUGAUAUCGAUGAGAUCGAAGAAGUUGAGGAGGUAAAGCUAAAUGCUUACGAGCCAGUCAUUACCGAUAUUGCUGUAUUUGAUGACAUUAAAAACAAAUCAACAUUCCCAACUACAGAUAACUGGUUACUUCAAUUGGAAUUGGCAAAUCAAUACAAUUCGGCAAUGGCUCCAAUGGUGCCUGAGAGCAAAUUCCCAAAAGGUGAAUUGACUCUUAGUAAAGUUGAUGAGAUGCUUUUUUCACAAACUAAAAUUAAGAGUAAGUCGGCUCUGGACCAGAAGGGAUUGGGAAAAUCGAAAACGGCACUCGAGGAUGUCUCAGAGAAAACCAUCGACUUCAUUUUCGGUAAAAUAAUCAGUCAGUGUGAGCUCGCACAACUGACUGAUCUGAUGCCACAACUUAGAGCCAAUGGUUUAACUUUUGCUCAACUUGCUAAUAAAAGAGACAACUCAGUCCUUAAUUCACAAAUUGAAUUGGCUUCAAUAUUGUUUGACUCGAGUAAUGAUAUAGAGUCUAAUAGAUUAGCACUUUUCGGCGAGUGGCUUCAAAGGUACAAUGAGAAUCAAAUUGCAGAUCUACUUGAAGCAAACAAGGGUGACGAAUUGUACUGCACUUUCUUUUACUUGUGCGUCAACAGGAAAGAAGAAGCUAUUGAGAGAACAUUGAUUUCCAAAAAUGAGCAUCUUGCCGUGAUACUUUCGUUGGCCGAUUCAAAAAACAGCCUCGUCAAAGAAUUGGCUACCGAGCAGCUUGAAACGUGGAAAGAGACGGAUAGCGAGAAGUAUAUCCCAAAAUCUCUCGUUAGCAUUUAUCAACUCCUAGCAAGACAAUUAGACCAGGUAGUGGAGAAUUUACCAUGGACCAUUGUGUUUGGUGUCUUUUUGUAUUAUGGCGAUGUUGAGAAUUUAAAGGAGUUCAUUGGCAAUUUUGAAUCCAAACUACCGAAAGAAGAUCCCGUGGCAGAUUUGUUGAGAUUGCAAUUGAAUGGUAUCGAUUUUACUUCGAUGUUGAACUCCAAUUUCAACAAGACAUUGAAGUGGCUCAUCUGUCUUGUUUUGGCCGAUUUCGAUUACGACGAAUUAUCAAAGAAUUUAGGUGAUGUUUUGGAGAAAGCUGGUAUGUGGAAGGAGGCAUUGGUUGUCUUUUCCUCUAUUUCGGAUGACAAUUUGAAAACACGGCUGAUUCGAAGCUUGAUCAUCACCAGAGUCGCGGAAGAGCCUAUUAGUGAACAUGAUGAAAAGUAUUUGAUCACCGUGUUGAAGGUGCCAAGAUCACUUAUAUAUGAGGCAAAAGCAUUAGAGAGAAAGAAUGCAGGUGAUUAUUGGAGUGAGGUAAAUGCACUAGUUGAAGUUGAUCUUUGGAGUAAGGCACAUGAAGCUAUUGUUACGCAACUAGGUCCACAAACAGUUAUAAAGAACUCACCAAGUGGUGUCAACAAACUUUUGAACUUGAUUGAUCAGUUUCCCCAGCACGGUUCUAUCAUCCCCUCAUGGAACAAAGGGGCUGGCAUAUAUCAAAAUUACUUGAAGUUGCUUGAAAACACCAAUGAUAUUGAAGUAAUCAUUUUUUUGAUUGAAUUUUUGCCAUUAACUAAACCAGAAUCGGCCAAAGAAAAAUUGGCCAUCAAUACAAUCGCCAAAUUUGUGGGAGAUUUGGCUUUAGAAGAUAAGAGGGUACCUCAGAAAGAAAGAGAAAAGAUAUUUCAAAUGCCUUUGGAUAAGGUCAACAAAGCUUAUUUUGAAUUAAGACUAUCUAGAGCUAAUUAG